AUGUUUGCCUCAACAACCAUGAAGAAUGGGGAUUCGAAGAAUGAAGCGACUGGAUUUACAAGACAAGGCUCCCUAAGAAGAGUGAUACCACCCCUUGAAGCAGACAGAGAAAAUUUAUUUGGCAGACAAAACGAAGACCUCAAUAAAAUUUUCAAACUUUACAGACAAGAGUACAUAGUGUUAGCAGAAUACAAAAUGAUCCAGACUGAAGAUAUCCAAGGUGUAUACGUGAUUCCGUCCAGAGAGAAUGCUUUACUUUGGUUUGGCAUUAUUUUUGCCAGAAGUGGCCCUUACAAAGACGGCAUAUUUAGAUUUACAAUAAUUUUAGACGAAGGUUUUCCAGAUUGUGGACACCCUAAAGUAAUAUUUCAAACAAAUAUUCUACACCCUGUGAUAAAUCCUGAAACGAAUGAAGUAAAUUUGUUGGGCGGAUUUCCAGCUUGGAACAAAAAUGAACAACAUCUUUGGCAAGUUUUAAAGUACAUUCAAUGGAUUUUUGCCAAUAUUGAAGCUAGCGUUAGUCACGGUAUUAAUAAGGAAGCAUGUGGUUUGUUAACAAAUAACAAAGAAGCAUUUGCUUCAAAAGCACAUGAACUGGUCGAGUUGAGUAAAAAGCACUUGUACGACACACCACCUACUGAAGACAGGCAUUAUAUUUUAUUUGAACCAUUUAAUCAGGAAUUGCACAAAAAAGAAAACAUGUUUUCUUUUUUAAAGGACAAAGAACAAAGUGGGAAGAGCGGGUAUUCUUGGGUUUUACCUAGAAGCUUUAAGCCUUUAGAACGACCUGUUACCCCACCACAAGAAAAUACUCAAUAA